GUACGAAUAUGAUUCGCAAGGACAAUCGUGAGUGUUGUUUCUACUAUGUAUCAAGUACAAUGCUUGUAUCCUCGUGCACGUUGGAUAUAACCAUAACAUCGACACGUUACUGAGGUAUGCAUAUAGCACGGGACGAGGCGGCACUGAGCACUAUGAUCUUUGGUGGGUUCAGACGGCCUUUAAUCCCGCGGUCACGGGCUCGGGCGCUUGACGUGAACAGCAUGCAUACUCGCUUUGUUAAUCCAUGUUGACCUAUGCGAUCGCCCACCAUGUCCGGUUCUGUAGGGAUUGAAGCGGACUCAUGGUCAUCGGACGACGAUCUAUAUUCGCUGACGGAUUUCAACCAGGGCGAGUGUUUCCGAUCCGGGAUGGCAGAAGCUACAUCCAACGCCGUCACGGAUUUUGGCCUCGACGCUCACGAGGCCACAACCACGGGGCGAUCCUGACCUCAUCCCCGAGACCCCGCCAUCGCCCGAAUCACCGUUCUUGUUAUCGAAGUCCGCACUGUCGGAAGGUCGCCAGCAGACGGGAGAGGCUCUGACAGGAUUGCUGCCCCCACCUUCACACCUCUUGCGGGCAAAGCUCCUGGCCGCGACGUUCAUGGUCAAGUCUCGGACUCGCCUGGUUCCAGUGGUCGUCAGAGGACCGCAUCGUCCUCCGCUGUCUUUGGCUCAGGAUCUGGUACGAGUGAACCCCAUUCGGGUUCUUCUGGGCCACGCGAACGGAAUGGAAAUGGAACUGCCUCCAGAAACGGGGCAGCAGCGACCUUCGAGUCGUCCGCCAGCAUAAUCAAUAUUGUUGCCCAUGAUAAAAGGGUACAGCCCAUGUUCGACAGCAAGUGUAUUACCUGGGGUGUUCA